AAUUUCAUGUUAAUUCUAUACUGAUUGUGUUUAUGUUAUCAAGUGAUUGAUUAAGGAAAGAGUUGGCCAGUAGAAUGGAACUCAAAAGAAAUCAAUGAAAAUCCGUGUGCGGUUCGAAUCUGACGGAAAGAUCAUCGUACUCACUUUAGCGAAUCAAAAGUCGAUAUCGAUCAUCGAAACUGUUUGAGUUAAUGCAGUAAAAUUUAAUAAUUCAUUAGACAUCAUCACCUAAUACUAUUCACUAAUAUCCUUUUAUUUAUAAUUAUCUUUUAUUUUUGUUUUUGUUUUAAUUUCUUUUAUCUAAAAAUGAUCAAAAAUGGCAUAAAUCAAGUGAUUCGAUUUAAUAUGAAUAAUUAUUCUAGAAAUAUCAAUCGAAAAAUCUGUAACUGUGAAAUAUUGAAACAACUUCCAAAGGAUAAACAAAUUAAUUAUGAAAAGUCGUUGAAGGGAACUAAAGUGAACUACUACAAACAUUUAUUAAUAUUCUCGAAUAAAAGCGGGAAGGAUUGGCCAUCAAGGUUAGAAAUGGAUCCGGAAUCAAUAAUUUCAAGCUUUAAUUUAUUCAAAAGAAAAAUUAUUAGCAAUUUGCAUCCAGUGCUAAUAUCGGAGAUAUCAUUGAUAGAUUACCAUCAAAACGAAAGCACAAGUGACAUAGAUAAAUUUAAAGCAAUAUUGUAUCCCAAUAAUUUGAUAUUCCCAAGGUUAAUGAAAAACAAUGACAAUAUCCAAGAAUUUAUGAAAAAUUAUUUGCGACCCGACAAUUUCAAUGAGAUUGAGAAUAAAAUUAGUAGUGAAAAUAAUAACUUUUUUGCGUUUGAAAAAAAGAAGUUGAUAACCAAAUCAAAGAAUAACGUCAAUUGCAAUAGAGAAAAAGUCAAAAACAUUAGUAAAGAAAAACCACAAAAAGAGAUCAACUUGGAACAUUACAAAAACAAAAAUGGGAUGAUUUUAAUUUGUGGACAUCUAAAAAGAGACAUUAGAUGUGGAUUAUACGGGCCGAUACUACUAGAUGAAUUUGCCAAAGAACUUGAAAGUAGAAAGUUGUUGUUUGAUGAAAAAAACAACCCCAAGGGCAUCAAAAUUGGAUUGAUAUCCCAUGUUGGAGGUCAUGCCGUAAGUAGAAAAAUCAUGAUACAGUUAGCACCAAAUCAGAAGGCUGACAAUAAAUAUUAUUAGUGAUUUACUAACAGUUUCAAUCAAUUUCAACCAAAUUGACUCAAAUCAAUUUUAGUAUGCUGGAAAUGUUAUUUACUUGAGUGAAUCAGGCAAUAGCAUCUGGUAUGGUCGAGUGAGACCAGAAGACGUUGAGAGAAUCAUUGAGCACACAGUGGUAAACAACCAGAUCAUAGAGGAGUUGCACAGAGGGUCUGAAUAAAAUAUAAAACAAGACAUGUCACUGAUACGCAGCUCCAAAACUGCUGUUCCAUUGA